AGGAAAACAAGCAUCUACUUUGCAUAUACUCAAGUGUCGCGGGUUACAUUUUUGUUAAAGAUUUUUAGUGCUUCCAACAUAAAAACUACAGUAAGCCAUGGAACCAAUGACACUGGGCAGCCCGAGUGGACCGGGAGGAAGCAGCGCCGGCUAUUUACCCUCCUUCCUGAUGGGUGAUCCGCCGACCACGCCGCGUCCGAAUACGCUCUCGCCGACACGGGGCCGAUCAUCGCUGGCCUACUCGCAUGGAAUGGCUGGAUCACCACCGGAAGGGCUCCGAUCACCGCCGAUCCUACAGCAAAGUCAACAUCAUCAGCAGUACCAGGGCCAGUUUUCUUCUCCGUUCGUUCUGCCUCACACGCCUCAGGGCCACCAACAACAACAACAACCACAGCAGCACGCACAGCGAUUCCUGCAAAACUCGACCGUUCAAGCGUCAAGCCUUGCAAAUCAGUAUCGGAAUGAGUCGUUCGAUGCAAACGCCAGCACGGCUGGACCGCCGACGCAAGGGUUAUUCGACUCGUGGCGAAAGGAGAAACAGAUGCUGCACACACCCGUCCGUGGUCCGUCUGUUCCUGACGUCGCCAGCCAUAAUCUGUCUUUCAACGAGUCGCUGCAGAAUCAGAGUGCGUUCAAUGCGUCCCGUGUCAUGUCCCCGAUACCGCACACGACGGAUUUUAAUCGCACCACUAACCUUCCGUCGCCUUCGAGUUACGAAAUUGGUAGUAAGCUGGAGCAGCAGGAACACAGCAACUGGGUGACGGUGUUCGGAUUCCCGCAGAACGCCACCUCAAUCAUCCUAUCGCACUUCAUGGGAAUCGGAACAAUUCUGGACAAGCAGCCGGCACUGCAGGGUGGCAACUGGAUCCAUUUGCGCUACAGCUCGCGCAUCGAGUGCAACCGAGCGAUCAACUUCAAUGGGCGCAUCGUUAGCCCGGGACUGAUGGUUGGCGUACAGUAUUGCACCGAUUCGUCCAUUACUGGCAAAGAGAAUGAUGCCGAUGGGUUGGAUAGAUCCCAGCGGCCCUUUUCCCGUGUGCGCUCACUAAUGGACGUGUCUUACACAGCCAAACAGCAAGAGAAUGCCGUGGUCGGUUCACCGAUUGCGGCGAAGCGAUCGAACGGCAUCGUUAACAAGGCGAUGGACCUUUUCUUCGGAUGGUAGUAGGCUCAGGGAAUGGUUGAGUAGGCUCUGGUUUGCUUCCUACGGGCAGGCAACAAACUUUCCAGCAAACUUAUGCACGACAAUUGAAAACACAACAUAUUACGGGACAAAAUCUGUGCUGGGGGAUGGAAAUUUAUAAAUUGUUUUUGAAUGUGAAUCUGCGUUAAUAAAGUGAAUAAUGCUCGAAAAC